CUUCAUUUAAAGAUUCUUUUUUAUGAGUUGGGAAGGGAUGUCAACACCGAGCAGUAACAACAGCCCGCUGACUUUGAGCCAAAGCAUGGACUCGGUGCACACCUGCACCGAAGAAGAGGUUCGGACUCUAUUCGUGAGUGGUCUGCCGAUGGAUGCAAAACCUCGUGAGCUUUACUUAUUGUUCCGAGCCUAUAAGGGCUAUGAAGGUUCUUUGUUAAAAGUUACAAGCAAAAAUGGGAAAACUUCAUCGCCUGUUGGAUUCGUGACUUUUACAACACGAGCUGGUGCUGAAGCUGCUAAAUUGGAUUUGCAACAGGGAGUUCGAUUCGAUCCUGAUCUCCCCCAGACCAUCCGUCUGGAAUUUGCCAAAAGCAACACCAAGGUGAGCAAGCCAAAACAACCUUCACCCCCUGCAGCUCCCACCCACCCUGGACUUCUGCACCCAAUCACUGGACAAGAGAUGGGGGCCUUAUUGCCUGCUGUACCUGAUGGCUGGCCCCAUCACCCUCUCUCUUACACUGAGGUACCAGUGUCGACAGCUUUACACUCAGCCGCAAUUGUACAUCCAGCACUUCAUGCUCAGUUGCCGCCGCCCCUCACCGUACCUCAUCCCAUUCCGCACGCCGCCAUGCACCAUCCGUCGCAGAUGCCGCCGCCGCCACCCCAUUUCGUCGCCAACCAUGCCACCAAUGCUGCGCCAAACUCAACUCCGCCGCCAACCCAGCCGCAGCCGCCGCAAUGCUCGGCACUUUUUGUCGCCAACCUCGGGCACUUCGUCCAAGAACAGGAGCUUAAGGAUCUGUAUGGAAGUUUUCCUGGUUUUUGCCGACUACGAAUGCAUAAUAAAGCUCCAGGUCCAGUGACAAUUGUGGAAUACAAGAUGUCCGAGUAAAAGCGAAGAGGAGAUGAAGAUGGAG